UUAUAAAACAACAUUCAAACGAUGGGACCACAACACAACACAACAACACUAGGCUAGGCUACCUUGAUCUCGGCCGAGCCUAGAAUUCUCUUCUCAGCCCAGCCCAGCCCAGCUCUUCUACUCUUGAAAAAUCAGAGACAAUAGGCACCUAAUAGAUCUAGAAUCUAGUAGCCUAGGCUAGCAGAAGACGUUAACUUGAAUCUAGGCACAUUCUGCUGAUCUCUAGAUCUAGAUCUAGAAACAAGAAUCCACUGUGAACUGUGGUCUGUCCUGGACUCGGUGAUCAUGGCGGAACACGGAGCUCACCUAACCUCUAGUGGUGUGUCUGACGCCAGUCUGCCCAGUAUCUUUGAGGUUUUGGCACAACAGAGUUUAUCGGCCACUCUGCAUCCUGCAAUUGGUCAUGCUGUCAGGGUUUUUGCUGAGAAGUAUCCAGAGCGGCUUGGCGUUUUAGUGCGUUACUAUGAUGAGAUUUACCUGCUGUUUGACACCCUGGUGCAGUCCUACUACCUCAAGAAGCAUGGGGGUUCAUUUGCUGAAAAUUUCUACGACUUGAAGCGUGUUCCAAGUGGGAAUGUGGAUUCCUCUGUUUUGUCACAAAGACUCAGACUCCGGGCAUUGGCUUGCUUAGUUUUGAUACCCUACAUAAAACAAAAGCUGCACAGUCUGUAUGAGAAAUUGCUGUAUAACAUGGGAGAUUCUGGACGGAGAGCUUUUCUACAGAGAGAAGCUAGCAAGCGUCAGAAACUGAAGGGUCUGUACCUUCUGUGCUUCCCGUAUGCCUCCUCCGCCUGGGAGCUCCUUACACUGAUCUACCAACUACAGUACAUGUUGCGACACGGCCGCUGGCACAGUCCCAGCAUGCAUCUGUCUGGCACGGAGCUCAGACAUGUCUCUGACGAGGAUGUGGUGGAAAAUGAUGCUGUCGGGCUGUUUGACGCCUCUUGGUCUAAUAUGAGUGUCCGGAGUCGGCUUUUACGCUUGAUAAAGCUGACCUUGAAUUCAGCGGCAGUGGCAAUGUCUACCAGUCUGUCGGUCGGUGUGUUCUUCCUACAGUUCCUGGAGUGGUGGUAUGCGAGUGACUCCAGUGCUACCUCCCUCACAGCCCUCCCAGUUCCGGCACCACCACAUUCAGAAAAGCUGAAAGAUGUUCCCUGCUCGUGCUGCCCUCUGUGUAGGAGGGAGAGGGUCAACAGCACUGCUCUGGUUGUGUCAGGGUAUGUCUUCUGCUACACGUGCAUCAACGAGCACGUGAAACGCCACCGCUGUUGUCCCAUCACUGGAUUCCCAGCUACAGACGAACAGCUUGUGAAAAUCUACGAGCAGCAGUUGUAGCAGAGAGUUCUUGAGGUUCCUUGUAACACCGGUGCUUUGUUUUGUGGCAUGUCCAUGGACAGAUGAACUGGCUAUACUUGCCAUUGUUGAUGAGUCAGAUAACAGUCAUGUGCUUCUCAGGAGUUUUUAUUGUAAAUCAGAAAAUGUUUUUUUAAGAUGAUAAUAAAUUAUUAAGAAUUUGUUAA